UGCUCGCACUCAACGGCAAAACGCCAGUGGCAAUUUCGCAAAUUUACCACGUAUUCCCACACCAUAAAUUCCAAAAUCAAACCAAAUCUAAGCCUUCUCUAUGCUACGUUCUCGGUCUCCGCUCUUGAGCCGUCUGCAGCCGGCGAGAAUCUCGGGCAUCUUCUUUUUUCCGGUACAUAAGCUUCUCGAAGAAAUCGUUAAUGGCGGCGCCACCGAUCCUUUCGCUUGCUUUGCCCUCGGAGACCGGACGAGUUCUCAGCAUUCAGUCUCAUACUGUGCAGGGAUAUGUUGGCAAUAAAUCGGCUGUCUUUCCCCUUCAGCUACUGGGCUAUGAUGUCGAUCCAAUCAAUUCAGUACAGUUCUCAAAUCACACAGGCAAGCUGCUUAUACUUCACUCAAACAGUCUCAGAACUCUGAAGCCUGAAAUAUGUCAACUUGAAUAUCUUGCAGGAUACCCAACUUUUAAGGGCCAAGUUUUGAAUGGACAGCAACUAGGAGACUUAAUAGCAGGCCUGGAAGAGAAUAACUUAUUAUACUAUACCCAUUUGUUAACAGGUUAUAUUGGUUCUGUUUCUUUUUUGAAUGCGGUAUUAGAAGUUGUCCAUAAACUCCGUUCUGUUAAUCCAAAGCUGACAUAUGUUUGUGAUCCUGUGAUGGGUGAUGACGGAAAGCUCUAUGUCCCAACAGAGUUAGUGGCAAUCUACCGUGAGAAGGUUGUUCCAGUUGCUUCAAUGUUGACUCCUAAUCAGUUUGAGGCAGAACUACUAACUGGGUUCAGAAGCUGUAUGCUCCAGGAAGCAAGACAUGUUAUGAGCUGUGGGAGGAUUGUGGCUGAAAAAGAUGGUAGGGAAGCUUGCAACAUUCUUCAUGCUUCUGGACCUUCAAAGGUUUUGUUAUAUAAUUGCCUAUUUAACCUCUUUAUUUCUGGAAUGCUUUGUAUUUCUCUGAAUAUGCAUCCAUAUCAUCUUGGUCUUGUAUUUCUUUUGUUCCUCCUAUCUGUAUAUCAUUUAAGGCUCCUGAAUUUUACUUUUUCACCCUGAGGAAAUAACUUUUGA